AUGGAGACUGCAGUGCUAGCCCCCUCUCGAAACCCAUGCCUUAUAAAUACAACCCAGCGCAUACCCGGUCACCGAUACAAGGCCACAGGGAACGCCUUUAGUAAGGUGAUCCUUGAUCUCAAGGACAUCUCACAGCUCCAAAAUGAUGCCGAGGAGCUGCCAUUUUGUUCUCGAAGAAAUUCGUCGUCCACAGAAAAGAAAGCCACAGUCUCCGAGAACGUUGUCAUCGUCGAGGACCUCAAGACCGCUCGCCUCUCCGAGAGUGUCAUUGCCAAGCAGAAGUCAUCAAGGCCCAGUAUCACGGUCAGCAGCAAGACAUUUCUCAUUACCCUCGCUGGUUAUAGAUAUAUCGAGAUUGUCAACCGCGUCUUCCACCCCAUUGCAUGCGCUACUAGUGUUCAAGUUUGCACUUCUGCAGCCUUUCCGAAAACGACAUCGAUUGGGACGUGGUGUCCCAGUUUGCAAUUUCCAUGGCACCGGACAAUAUAG